GUUUUUCAGCUGUUUGUUUUAUAUUUAUUUGAAUGACAUGGUGGAACAUUUUUGCGCUUGACCCUCAUUGCGUUUGCAGGGAGUCGCGCCUGAUAAUUCUGUUUACCGGUUGACAGGUUCCUCAAGUCAUUUUACACAAAGCUAGCUAGCUAGCGUUAGCUAUCUUUUCAGCUUCUUUCCCAAGUCAAGAAGUUAACUAACUCAUGGCAUGGCUGCAUGACAGAUUAUCGUUGUCACGUACAGUACCCAGUGUAUUUCAAAGGUAACGGUAGCACUUAGGCUAACCUGGCGGAAGACAGGCCACAACUGUAACUGGGAACAAUCUUGACCCCUUGACUUCAAACAUUCGAAGUCAUUAGCAGUCAGUUUGCUUUCAGUCACUAGAGAUAUUGCUACCUAGCCAUAUCGAAGUCUUUUAGUUGGCUAACGGUGCAUUUCUCUGGAGCAAGGCAUUGCAGCUAGACUAAAAAAGCGAUCGCAAAUUGCUAACGUACAAACCCAAUACUAAGAAUACACUUCAGUGAUCUACAGAGAUCUGAAUUGAUUUAAAAAACGUUUCCAUUGGUGCUAACGUUAGCACACCAUCUAGAUCACUCAAGUGACCGCGAAGUGUAUUCCAAUAUUUGAAUAUUUCUUUACGGCCAAGUGCCACAUCAGCAUAUCGUAUUUUAUCAGCUUCCUAGCUGACUUGCUAGUGACUGCAUUUACAGUUGUGUAUUGUAGAUAGCCGAAGCCUAGACAGGCAGAAUGCCACUUUGUAGAUUCAGGAAAUGUGCGUGGGCGGCGACAUGUCACAUUGCUUACCCGCCUUUGUGCGCACGUGUAGAGCUUUGGAUCCAGGUAUAUCAGGCUGACACAUUGAGGAAAUGUGUGUUAGACAGCAGUUACGAUUGGUUAUAACUUAUAAUUUAAUAUAACUUGGCUAAUCACAGAACGUGAUUUUAUUAUCACGUACUGUGAUUGGACUGCCAUAUGCUUAAUAGCAAACCUAGUUCCAUAAGUUAGCAUUAUUACUACAGUAUUUGUUGCGCAAUCAUUUGGACUUUGAAAUCCUUAAGAUAUUUUAAAGUAACGUCAACAAACUACCAGGGCAGAUUAGCUGACUAGUUACACUGAUUUAAGAGCAAAGAAAGUCAACAACAUACUGUCGUGGGAAGGUCAACGCUACCUCGGAGACGCUGUGGGGCCCACGUGACCGUUGAUGGCGUCCGGCAGACUGGAGUGACGGUGUCCAUGGGGGUGGUUGCCACCAUGGAGCGCGAGGGCCAGCGGGGGGAGCAGGGGCAGGCGGUGCUGCUGCCCGGGGUGGACCCUCGAAAGAAGCCCUACGUGUGCGGGUCGUGUGCGGCCUUCUCCAACAUCGUCAUCACCUUCCCCAUCCAGAAGGUCCUGUUCCGGCAGCAGCUGUUCGGCGUGCGGGCGGGCGAGGCCGUGACCCAGCUGCGGCGGGACGGGCUGCGGAACCUGUACCGGGGCCUGCUGCCGCCCCUGCUGCAGAAGACCACCACGGUGGCGCUCAUGUUCGGCCUGUACGAGGACUUCUCGCGUCUGCUGCCCCGCCACGCGGGGGCGCCAGAGCUGCUGACCCGCAGCCUGGCGGCCGUGCUGGCGGGCACCGCCGAGGCCGCCUUCACGCCCUUCGAGCGCGUGCAGACGCUGCUGCAGGACCCCCGGCACCACGGCCGCUUCCACAACACCUUCCACACCUUCCGGACUCUUCUGCGGGACCACGGGGUGCGGGAGUGCUACCGCGGCCUGGUGCCCAUCCUGCUGCGCAACGGGCCCAGCAACGCCCUCUUCUUCGGCCUGCGGGGGCCGAUCAAGCAGCGGCUGCCCGAGGCGCAGUCGCCCGCCGCCCACCUGGUCAACGACUUCAUCUGCGGCGGGCUGCUGGGCGCCAUGCUGGGCUUCCUGUUCUACCCGCUGAACGUGCUGAAGGCGCGCAUGCAGGCGCAGGUGGGCGGAGCCUUCGCGCCCUCGCGCGCCGUGCUGCUCACCAUAUGGCGCGAGCGCGACGGCAAGGUCACCCACCUGUUCCGCGGCGCUCACCUCAACUACCACCGCUCCAUCCUGUCCUGGGGCAUCAUCAACGCCACCUACGAGCUGCUGCUCAAGGUCAUGUGACCCGGGGGGGGGGGGGCAGGGGGGUUUACACACACGCCACACGCCAUCUGAGAAGGAAAGAGAAUGUGAAAACUGUAUGUGAGCGCACGCUGAUGAUGUAAGCACACAUCAUCAGUGAGGGACGGUAGGCGGGUGCCGUUGGUGUUGCACUGGUAAUGAACCCCCAACCACUGGUCCAGCAGCAGUGUUGGGGUGGUGUUGGGGGGGGUGGGUCAGCGACUGCACGGUUGGAGAGGUGUUCAUCUCUGACUACAAACCCAGCUCAGCAAAGGCCCAGAGUCCCGUUGGCAGUGCAUUAUGGGCACUUAGGGAGCAGGUGAGCGGAGAGUCCUGCAGGAUGGGAGUGUUUCUGUGCUGAAGCUCUUCACUCCUGAAGGAAACGGAGGCUGUGGCUGCAGAGCAAACGGAUCAGCGGGGCUCUGGGCAUCGGGCCGAGCAUCGUCACACACCCUGGGUUUCAGGAGCAAAGAACUGAUUCUUCAAAAACCUUUUUUUAAAGAAUAUGGGCCGAAAUGUUUAUUUUCCUGUUGAUUUUCUUAUGUAGAACGUAGUAGUCAGAGAUUUUUGUGUUACUAUUGUCUUUCUUUGACAUUGAUCUCAUCUUAUAAGCCCAAAUCCAAAUUAUGCUGUCCGUGUGCAUUAAAAAAGUGUAAAAACUUCCAUAGCUUGAUGUUGUAUGUGUGGCUGCAUUUGUGCGCAUUGCUGGACCUCCGUGUGGAGGCAAAGGCCAGAACUGCUGCAGCCAGAGAGCUCAUCCUGCGCUCGGCUUGCCCUGCAGAAUCAGAUCUGGCUCCGUUUUCUGCUUCUCGAUGAGAGCGUGAAGCAGAAGCUGCCGUCUGCACCUUUAAACGGGGGAAGGUGCAGUCACAAAGGCCGUUCGGCCAUCUUUAAGUGGCCAGACUGUUGAAGCACAGAGGGUCUGAAUUACUAAAACCUUUAACACGUAACCUUAUAGCACACACAAAACUAGUAACACAGCCAAGGCAUUAGUUCUGCUUUGAUCUUUGGUUGUGUUGCUGGUUUUGCGUGUGCUAAAAGGUUUUGUUAAAGGUCUCAGUAAAUCAGGCCCAGAGUGUUGCAGUGUUGUCUGAGGACUGAAGGCUUGAGUACUUGUGUUUCCUGACUGAGCAUAUUAGCUUCCAUUUCCUUUCACCGUUCCAUGCCCCUUCAUUGUCAUCCUUCUUUUUUCCCUUUUAAUCUGCAUGGGAAGCACAUGGGUGGGGUUUGAAAAGAAGGACGGAAUGGAGGAGGGGAGGAGGAUGCAGGGUCUGAAGACAGGCGGGCUGAUUUUAGUCACCUCUGUUUUUAAAGCCUCUAUGGCGUAAGCUUACGGAUGUUACAGCCUCCUCCUGAUUGGCUUACGGACAUUAUAGCGUAAUCCUCAUUGGCUUACGGAUGUUACAGCAUCCUCCUGAUUAUCUUACAGAUGUUGAAGCGUGCUCCUGAUUGGCUUACAGAUGUUACAGCAUCCUCCUGAUUGGCUUACGGAUGUUACAGCAUCCUCCUGAUUGGCUUACGGUUGUUACAGCAUCCUCCUGAUUGGCUUACGGGUGUUAAAGUGUUCUCCUGAUUGGCUUAAGAACUUUACAGCAAAUCCUACUGUAGAGUGGAAUCUGACUGGUUUGGCUGUUUCUCUGGGUAAAGUUCAGGUUGUAGCUCUCUUGGAGGAGCUUGUGUGUAAGUGUGUAGGUUUGGAGGAGCUUGUGUGUAAGUGUGUAGGUGUGUAAUGUUCAAGUGCACCCCCCUCUGUUAAUGUGGCCCCACAACUCUGAUCUGGGGAGACUGUGCCAUGCAAGGGGAAAAGAACAGCACUGACUGACUUACUUAAAAAGGAGGAAUAAAUGUAAAAUAUGAAUCCGAGCUUGUAAUUCUGCAACCAUCCAAUGGUAUUAUGUGACUAAUCUGGUGGGGAGAGGGAACGUGGUGCCAUUUUGUGCCAAGAGUAUGUUAAUUACUGGGAACAUGUGGGAGGGACCUUGGGUGAAACGUCCAAUAAAAGGAGUCCACUAAACUCCGCCAUGCAUAAUGCAGGAGUUCAUAAUGCAUUAACUUUAUGUUUUUUUAUGAUUGUAUAUACUUGUCAUUACACGGUGGAUUAUGAUGUCACCUGCUGUUCAGUACAGACCACCUCAGUGAGAGACAGUCAAAGUUCAGCUCAGACUUUUGGCUUAGAGAGGUUUUGAGAUGUUUGGAGAGAUGGUACAUAAUGAAAAAUGAUUAUAUCUGUGUGUGUGUGUGCAUAUAUGUAUUUAUGCAAGUACAAUCAACACUAUUUGCAGUGGCUAAAAUGAAGUCAUUUAAAACGGGAUGGAAAAUCUCUGCUCAUAAAGGCCGUGGGAAAUAAGCGGGGCAUUCGCUGGCAUUUAUCUGCUUGUGUGAUUACUCUGUUUUUGCUGGAACAAUGUUGGCUCUAUUUUUCGGACAAUAAAUGGGUUGUCAGUUUCGCAGACGUUAAGCUCUGUUUAUUGUGUUGGAUACUCUGUGCAGCUGUUUGUCAGUGGUUGGUGUUGGAGGCCUUGCCUGUGUAGACAUUAAGAGUACUCUGAGGUCUUGGGCCUGUGGCCCUUAGCAAGUUAUUUAACGUCUUGUGCUGCCAGCCAAAAAUGCAAAUCAUACAUUCUGGAAUUUUCUGUUCCACUUUACAGAAGAGAGCCGGUGCAUUGGUCCCUCGUAGUGAUACCAGCACCCAAACAAGCCAGCUGUAACCAAGCCCGUAUCACUGCCAGCACUGCAUCAUGGGUAGACAAAUGCUCUUGCUUAACAGGCCAGCAGAUGGUGCACAUCUCCAUGUAAACUCUGCUUUUUCCUUGAGAAACUACAUUCGUUUUCAUGCAGGUAUGCAGAGUAAGCGGAUUUACACAGCCUGAAAUGCCAAACGGUAAAAUUAAGGACCACAUUUACUUCUAUAUUCACAAAUAUUGAAAGAGAGAGUUAUUCACGUAUAACACAAAAGCCUUCAUGUAAGCAUGUAUUGUAUAUUCAUUACAAUAUAGGUUUCUUUCACAAAUGUCAUUUCAUAAUUUCCAUGAAACUGUACCAUAAUAUGCUUGGGUGCAUACUUUCCUUUCUUUUUGUAUGGGAUGGAAAACAAAAAGUACACUUUUUUUCCAGUGUAAAUUAUCAUAAUAAAAGUGAUUAUUGAA